AUGGGCUUCUGCGACAAAUCGUUUGCUCUAUGCCUGUCUGGUGUACUCCAUGGGCAGUAUCUUCUUCGCGAUGGCGCUUCUUUUGCAGGGGUACAGGCUUUCGCGCCCUUUGCCAAACAAUUUGGAUCAUAUAAUGCGGCCAAAAAGACUUACGCUUUGUCACCAAGUCUUGCUUCGCUGAUGAACAGUCUUGCGUUGAUCGGAAAGUUUUUGGGAACAAUAUUAGUUGGCCCACUUACUGAAAGGCUGGGACACAAAAAAACUAUGUUGGUUACAUGCAUAACUCAGCUUGUUGGUGUAGUUAUCCAGACUACGAGCAGAGCCCCUGCGCAGUAUACAGUGGGUCGCAUCAUAAUAUAUACGGCGGUCGGCCUAGUUGAGAAUGUUGUACCGACAUAUCAAACCGAGAUAUCUCCAGCACCUCUGAGAGGAUUCUUCGUUGGGGCUCUUCAACUCUUCCUAACUUUUGGUUCCUUGUUAGCUGGGAUUGUGAAUAAUUUCAUGUCCAAAAGAACCGAUGACUCGGGUUGGAUUAUCGCAACUGCACUGCAAGCGGCUCCGGCAGUUUUGAUUUUAAUAGGCCUACCAUUUACUCCAGACUCUCCCCGCUGGCUUGUUGGCAAAGAUCGCUCUGAGGAUGCCCUUAAGGUUCUUUCGAAUCUUCGCAGCAAGGAGGAAGUUGCCAAUGGCUUGUGCGAGUUUGAAGUUCAAGCUCUCCGGGAAGAUGGGCAAGUGAAUAUGAAAAAGGAACCGUGGAUGGCUCUUUUCAACAAGCAGAACAGGAGACGCACAUGUAUUGCUUCUGUUAUAAUGGCUCUCCAACAAUUAACAGGCGUCACUUUCAGCAGCUCCUACGGGCCUACCUUCUACAAGCAAGUUGGGCUAGGUUCCAUGGCUUUUUCCUAUGCAACAAUUAACAACGCCGUGUCCAUCGUGACAGCGAUAAUUGGGAUGUUGGCCCUCGAUGCAUUUGGCCGCCGGGAUGUGACAUUUUGGGGAAAUUGGAUCCAGGCCUUAUUCCUUUGCCUUAUUGGUGGUCUUGGAUCCAAAGCGAACCGAAGCCAAUCUGAUACCGAUGGAAUGGUGGCCUCCUUUAUUCUCUACGCUGCUGCCCUACACGCGACUCUUGGCCCCGCUGCAUAUAUUACCGCAGCCGAAGUCGGCACUGCUGCGUUGCGUGAAAAGACGAUGGCGUUCGCCACAGCCAUCAAUGUUGUAGUUGGAUUCGUCGUCGUCUUUACGACGCCAUACUUAUUGUCUGCACCUUAUGCUAAUCUUGGGCCCAAGCUUGGUUACAUCUGGGGUGGCUGCGCUGCGGCGGGUGCUGUGUGGGUAUGGUUUUGCAUGCCCGAGCUCAAGGGGCGUAAUCUUGAAGAGAUCGACCAGCUCUUUGAAGCCAAAAUUCCCGCAAGAAAGUUUAGCUCUUUCCAAACUACUGGCAUGUCUCAUGAUUUAGCUCUGUUUGAACAUAGCAACGCUAAGGCUGUUGCCGCUGGCCUUGGGGACUCUACACAUCUCGAGAAGGCCGAGACACAGGGAUCUAAGGGCGAUGCAAAAGAUGAAGUUUGA